GGCGGGGCGAGGAGCGCGCGCCAUGCAGGCUGCGGGGGACCCCGCGCCCGGCCCCGGGCCCCGCGUGUCCAUCAUCCUCCCAGUCCACAAUGCUGAACCGUGGUUGGACGAGUGCUUGAAUUCUGUUUUGCAACAGGACUUUGAAGGCACCAUGGAGCUCUCUGUAUUUAACGAUGCCAGCAAGGACAAGUCUGGGACUAUCAUUGAAAAAUGGAAAGUGAAGCUAGAAGCUUCUGGUAUCCUUGUGGUCAUUGGAGGGCACGAUUCUCCUUCUCCCCGGGGAGUCGGAUAUUCUAAGAAUCAAGCGAUAGCACAGAGCUCAGGGUCUUACCUUUGCUUUUUGGAUUCAGACGACGUGAUGAUGUCUCAGCGGGUGAGGCUGCAACACGAAGCUGCCGUCCAGCACCCGACGAGCGGCGGAGGAAUCAGUCCGUGGGAAGGCGGCCACGUCACAGAGGGUGAUCUGCAGCCGAUCGUCGGCUGCCGGGUGCGGAGGGACCCCCCCGAGUCCACCGGCCGGUACACGCGUUGGAUCAACCGGCUGACGCCCGACCAGCUUCUGACCCAGGUUUUCACCUCGAACGGCCCGACGGUGAUCAUGCCCACCUGGUUCUGCUCCCGCGCCUGGUUUUCCCACGUGGGCCGUUUUGACGAGGGAGGUCAGGGCGUCCCGGAGGACCUGCUGUUCUUCCACGAGCACCUGAGGAAGGGCGGCGGCGUGGUCCGGGUGGACCAGACCCUGCUGCUGUACCGCCACCACCCGCAGGCGGCCACGCACUCCGUCCUCGAGGCCACGGUCCCCUUCUCUGCCCAGGGCCACGCUCUGGACCCACCGCGUCCGCUUCCUGGAGGAGCGCGCCCUGCCGCGCUGGGCCACCUUCACCAUCUGGAACGCGGGCAGGCAGGGCCGCCGGCUGUACCGCAGCCUCAGCGCCGCCGGCAGGCGCAAGGUGGUCGCGUUCUGCGACGUGGACCAGAACAAGAUCGCGAAGGGCUUCUACUGCUACGAGGACUCUCAGGAACGGCCCAAGCCCCGGGUGCCCGUCCUGCACUUCCGAGCAGCGCGGCCGCCCUUCGUCAUCUGCGUGAAGCUGGACCUCACAGGGGGCGCGUUCGAGGACAACCUGAGGUCGCUGCGCCUGCAGGAGGGCCGGGACUUCCUGCUCUUCAGCUGACAGACCCGGCAGCCGCCCAGUGAAGUUAUCGUCCCCAUGCAGGAACACCUCCCGUGGUGACCCCAGUGCCUCCGCGUGCGUCCUUAGCCAGGCUGGGAAGCUGUCUCAUUUGUCCUCUAGUCCAGAACACACGGACGUGGGACGCUUCUCAGCUUUUUCCUCACACCCGAGAGUACCCACCCGCGAUCAUCGUCCUUCUGCCUCUGGACUCUAGAGCAGUGGCUCUCAGUUUGCCCCCAGGAGACACUUGUUGUCACCAUGGGGCUGGGGGACGGCUGCUGGCAGCUGGGAGGUGCUGGACACGCUGCAGUGCAUAGGGUGACCCUCACAAGGAAGUGGUUUGGCCCCAAAUACUAUCGCACGUUAGAAAGGCUUAUUUUUAUUUGAAUGACUUCAUUUUGUUCUUUGAGUGACAUUCAUACUGAGCAAACUUACAAGCACCUAGUAACACAGCGUGAAGUUUGACGAGACUAAAAAGAGAAACUGAGAAUCCGCACCAUACUCAGUGCGGCCGGGAGUCCGGGCACGUUGACGGUUGUUCCUCUGGGCAUCACGGAGAUCUCGCUCCAGCGGUUCUGCAGCUUCAUGUGACGUGUCGGAGUGUGAGCUCCUGUCACCCUGUUUGGGAGUGUCGCUGAUCAGCACGCAUGGGACAUCUGUGUCCACGUCCAAGGUGAAGCUCAGUCAUGGUUCUCACCUAGGACGUUGUCAGGGCCACAAGAACGAGGCCAGAGCGUUCUAUCCAGCACACUGCCCUUUGUGGGACGUGUGACAAUGUGUCCACAAGGGCUGGAGUCCUAGCGGGGGCCGCACGGCGCCACACACCAGCCUGUGACGGACGGAGGGGGCGUCACACCAGGUUUCCCGUGUUGCCAGUGGCGUCCGGCUCCUCCUCCCUCGGGAACAGGGCAGCAGCCCCAGGCAGGCGAGGCCUCCGCUCCCUGGACCAGCUUCAGGGGUUGGUCGGCUGCAGAAGAGACGGGACAAGGUCAGACUGGCCCCGUCGCCCCACCCGGCUCGCGGUCCGCGGCAAGGGCUGAGCCUGCGUCUGCACCGUCGCCCCAGCGACCCACAGGUGCCCGUGGCUGAUGUGACUCAGCCCCAAAAGGGCACCACCACGCGCUGAUGCCGCGUCUGGGCAGGGGGAGGGGAGGUGCACGAUGCGGUUCUAACUCCAUUCAUGCAUCUUUGAAAUAUCGCCUAAUAAAAAUGUAAAAAGCACAUUUAAUUCAGAAGCUGGCGUUGAGUUCAGCUUUUACACCCAAGGAACCAGGAGUGACCACGUCACGGUGCUCACGGUGUCCUCACCCCUUGCGGUGUCACUUGGGGCCGACAGUGUCACUGCCCCCUGUGAGAGCGCAGCGGACGCCAGCGCAGCACCCAGAGGAAAGAAAGGAGGAAAAGACAAGUCUCCUCAGUGAUGCUAACUCAGGCCCAAGUGCCCAAAGCAAACGCAGCGCGAGUCAGAGAGGAGGGAACUCAGAGGGGCCGCAGGGCAGAGGCAGCCGAGGAUGUGAGCUGGCCCCGGGCGGGUCCCCAUGGGGCUGAAGGGACAUGAAAUGACCCAAAUGAAGAUGAGACAGGAGAAAAGCAACAUCGCACAGGAGGGUCAAGCAGAAAACGGAUGACGCAGGCCGGUGUCAGUAGUUACACAUUGAAGACCCACUCAGAUGUGAGAACAGGUUGGAGAGAAAAUAACAAACGCCCGGAGUCCAGUGCGGCCCCGUCAGUGUCAGGCUUCAAGGCACGACGCAUCGUCACCAGUGGUGGCCACGAUGCUGCCAGGAACAGGCACACGAGCACCUGGUCGGUCACACUGUGAAGGUGACAAAGCCGAGAAGCCGCCUCUCGGCAGCCGGCAAAGCAAGACCACAGCAUAGCCGGGCGGCCCCAAGGGGCCUGCGCGGUGUGAUCGGAAACAGCCUGCGGGACACAGCGCCGGCGUCAGUGCGACAGGUGGGGAGCUGGGCCCCCGCCCCCCAGACAAGGAAGAGCCGCACACGUCACUUUUCCUGCGAAGGGAGGGCGGGUGCACCACAGCCCCGACACCUGCAGGCACAGCUGGCAGCACUUGGGACAAACUGCUGGAGGCUGAGAAGCUCUGGGGCCCCCAAAACCCUCCGGACUCUGAGGGGGCAGCUGGGCCUUCUCCUCCCCAGCCCGCCCCCUCGCAGGACUCGGCAGCCUGACGUUGGCUGCGGCGAACGCCGAAUAGCUCCAGCCAGAAAACACGUCCUCGCGCCCUGCCCGGCCCCUCCAUCCUUUCCCACCCAGAUGCCACGAAGGCGGAGGAGGUGCCGAGAACAAGCAGAAUCCAGAGGGACCACACAGGCACAGCACUGGGCCGGGCGCAGGGGUGGCACUGGAAUGACAGAAGGGGCUUUAGAACAACUGAUGGAUGAGAGAAGAACAGGACAGCGCCAGGAAAGGCCACGCCAGACACGAGCAUGAAGAUGACAAGGGGACAGGAACUUCCCAAACUAAACAGCAAAGAGAAACAGGAAUGAAAGAAAACCGAGGAUGCGAGAACCGUGGGCCGGCUGCAGACGGCGUCCGUCUCCGCUGCGGGAACCGAGGGCUCGGCCUCGCUGGUGCGGGCGGGGAGCUGACUGCGCAAGUUCACAGACACUAAGGGCCCGGCCCUCAGGCCCAUCUUGAAGAAGGUAAAACGGGAGGACGCAGCCAGGUGCCACACCUGUCUCUGCCCGACAGACGCUGCUGCUCGCGGACGGACCACGGCCAGUCACACGUGUUCCCUCCUCAGGUACAAAAAUGCAUCCCAGGGGGACCAUGAACAUCAGCGUAAAAGGUAAAGGUUUCAGAAAAACCUGGAGACUCAACCUUGAAGUACGCAAAGGUACCUUAAACAGGAACCAUAAAACCAAAUAAAAAGGAAAGUAGUUCAAAUGUCUUAAAUCUAAAGGGCAAAAGUCCUCCUGGACUAGAUGUUUGCAGUGUGUAAAACGCACGGCGAACCCUGGCGGACGGACAGACAGAUACGCCUGAACAGGCACUGAGCCGACACCGUGGUCACGUGGAACGUGCUGACCCUCGUCUGUGACGCCCGCCCUGCCGGUCCCGGACCCCCAGGGCCCCAGAAGCCUGUGUUGCUGCCUGGACGCACUGAGCUGGGCAUGUUUCCCUUUUGUAAUGCAGCUGUUUUUAAAAGAGGAUUAAGUUAUGGGGGCCCCCCCCAAUGCCCUAAUUCUCCCCCUCAACACUGAGAAAGGGGCGGCAGUGUGACUGAGGGACCCGGAACAUUCUAGAUGACAGGGCAAGGGGCAGCACGGGUGCCUCACGUCCCUGAGUGCUGUGGCGGCGACGCGGGGUUACCUUGGGCACCAGCUGGGGCCGGGGCACACCCAGGAGGUCACACAGGCGGUUCCGCUGCGCCCUCACCCCUGGGAGCUUCGCGUCCCUGCGGACAGGAGGAAACCGUGAGCGACACUAACCACAACAGUCUCAGUAGCCACCCCCGUCUCGUGUGCAGAAAUCCCACAGCACCUUCCAUCAGCUGGAAAUCACAGAAAGGCACCUCCCGCCCCAGAAAUGGACACCCGGCAAACCCGAACCCGGGCAGGAGGCAGAACAGACGUGUUCACAUGAGCGGCUUCUCUGCAAGGCCUGACCCUGCCGCGGCACCUGCCAGAGGACGGGUCCCCACAAACCAGGGCAGAGGCGGCCGGCCGGGCACAGCUCGGCAGGAACACGCAAAAGGACGCGGCCACAGGAUGUUUAAAGUUUUAUUUGAACUGAGUAUUUGUUACUCUCGGUAAAAAUAAAAACCUAGCAAUGCUGUGAAGAGA